CACACAGUUGUUUUUAACAUUUUAAUUGCACUUACCUUUUGUUUGGUUCAUUUCUAUGGCAACGGAGGGGAGGGUUAUUUAAAUGUGUUUCUGUCUGGAAGACGAUGUGGGCCAGUUGAAGCAUAUCUUGCGAAACGGCACCGUAGCCCCGAACGAACGUCCCCCUGUGUUCUGUCCACCCGUGUCUUGCACUGUUUAUACCCUUCAUGGAUUAAUAAAGAAGCUUGAAGUUUACGUACUUGUUUGGCUGGUGUAAUGCAACAGAAAACCUCUGAAGCUGGCAGGUCCCCAUGGCAGGACUCGGUGAGAAAUGGUAACUUAUAUAAGCCUUUUCGCUGCCCGCAAUGUGGUGAAAAUGCACGUUUCAGAAGCUUAUCGUCUUUGAGGGCCCAUCUGGACUAUAUGCACACCUAUGAUGAAAGGUAUUUCUGGGGGAAAUCGGGGGUAAUUUGUUCACUGAAAGAGGUUGAUCUGGAAAACUCAAGAGAACCUCUCAAUGUAAAGCAGAUGGAAUCUAUUGAUGAUGCACUUAGUCAGAAAAGCUCAUCAUCAACUUAUUGUGACUUGAAAAAUGAGAGCAGGAAAGCCAGCAGUCCUAUACAAAUCCUAUCAGACAAGCCUUCCCCUCUUGUUAAAAGUUCCUUGUCAGACAAUUCUACAAAAAAUCACUAUAUCAUCGGAUAUCCCAUGACAAGCACUAAAUUUCAGCUUGAUCCUCAAGAGAAGUCAGUGCUAAAUCAACUGACUGAAAAUGUGGAUAAGAACAUAGAAAAGAAAAUCGAUAAUCUCAACAAGGAACUUUGCCAAAAAACUUCUGAACUGCUGGAGGUACGUGCUGCCUUUUUACAACUUUCCCAGAAGAAGCAGGAAGUACAGCGCAGAGAAAGAGCGCUCAGCCGGCAAGUGGAUGUUGCGGUGGAACUGAUUGCAAUUCUUCGUCAGCGACUUACAGAGUCUGAGCAGGAGCUCCAAAGGAAGGAGGAGGAAGUAGUUUCUAUUAACCACUUUCUGGAAGCUGCUGCUGAAAAGGAGUUCCGUGGGAAAAGGAGGCUUCAACAAUUUAUUGAGAACCUUCUUCAACGAGUAGAACUAGCAGAAAAACAGUUGGAAUUUUAUCAGAAUCGGCAGAUCAAAAAUAGUCAGCAUAGUCCUGAGGAAGGCAUGGUUGUACAUUUUCAAGCUAACCGGAAAAGCAAGUGCCAGAGUCGAAGUUUUCACCUUGUUAAUCACAUGCACGAUGUUAAGCCUCAGUCAGCGCAGAAAGGCCGCACGCAUAUUAACCGCAUAGGCAUACAGCCAAUGAAAUUACUACAUGAGUCAGGUGACCCUCCAAGAGAUAUAUGGAAACCACAAAAGAAAAGUGACCCAACCACUUCUGGCCGAAAAGCUCACAGCAAGACCAAAAUUGGGAAAAAGACAGGUGCACUUCAGACAGGAUAUAUGGAAAUAAUCUGCAUUAGGAUGACGCAAGAGCAAAAAAAGAAGCCAGCGUCUCAUGACGUACGAAAUGUGGACAGAGCAGUAAAACCAAGCCUCAAGUAUCUUCAAGGACCAGAGAAGCAUUGUUACAGUAUAAGGAGGAAAAACAAGUGCAAUUACCUCUGGUUAAUGUUUGUAAUUGUAAUCACAGGCUAAUUGUGCCUUGUCAAGAUACUA